AUGGAACCCCCUAGUGACAGGACUGAUGUCCCAGGGAGCAUGCAGGGCAGCGACCAGCAAUCCGAGCUGACCCCAGGAACAGCUGGGAGUGCUCAUAGAGUACAAUGCCCCUCUCUCAGUCAAGUCCUUUCCGAAUUGGCUUCACUGCCACCGGCGUCCACACUUGCGGCAAUUGAGCCGUUGCCAUCUGAAGAACAAAAGAACUUGUUCGAGUCACUGCAGAAAUCCCUGAAAGCUGCAGAAAAUGCAAACAUUUUGGACGCUCUGAAAGAUACUCCAGAUAUUCUCCAGAAGUUGUGGAAGUGCAGAUCGCCCUACCUAGUGCCAGCGGCAGAGGCUAUGGCGAAUGGCAGCAGAGCCCCAUUAUGGCGGGUCUCCUACGGCAAGAUUGGAGUCUUCAACUUUUUCCUUCAGCUUAUAGCGUCGAAGGAGACCAUUGAUAACAGAGUCAUCCUCCAUGCGUUACGGCUCGUCGGCAACUCCUGUGCUGACACUAAUGACAAUCGAGAGAUUGUAGUGGAACACAAUUACACGGCUGCCAUUCUACAGCACUCAAGCAAUCCCGAACUGAUUCAAGUGGUGAUCCCUGUCCUGUAUAACAUUUGCAUCGACUUCGGGCCUGCUCAGACACAGUUAGCUGCUGAUAAGAUAGUCUAUAUCCUCUUGAAACUAGUGAAAAACGGUGCAUUUAAAGACAACGAUGCUCUGCUUGAUUAUGUCUUUGAGCUUGUCGAGUUGGUCGGAGAACAAGAACAAGGAAUUUCCUCAUCUCCCAAUGGGACCAUCUCGCUUCUUGUAGAACUUGCUCUUGACGAAGAUGUGGCUUCCACCCCAGCGCGUUUCUCCGGUCUUGUCAGUGGCCUGGCGACAUAUCUAAACAAUACGCGCUUCCAAGAAAUUUGCAUAUCUAAUUACAUAGUGCCCAACAUUUUGGCGGUGCUCAGCCGGUCACUGACCUUCAAUACUGAGUCCUCUGGCGAGGAUACCCAGGCAUUAGCACAGUCACGGUUGAAGAUCAACCAAAUCCUUGCGGAGAUCUCCGGAUCGACCUCAUUCGCGCAGUACUAUCCGCUAGACUCCCCUCUGGCUCAGUCUCUCAAGACGUGGCUAACAUCGACGGAGGACCAACUGCAGAUAUGCUCCUGCGUUAUCCUGGGCAACUUGGCUCGCUCAGACGCGACGUGCGAAAGGAUGGUUCAAGAUCUGAGAAUACAUGAAGAAUUGAUAUCUGUCCUUAAGAGUGAUGUUAGAGGCGCGGUCUUACACUCUGCACUCGGAUUCCUGAAGAACCUUGCGAUCGCUGGGAAUAACAGGCUGGUACUUGGAGAGGCUGGCAUACUCCCAGCGGUUUCACGUCUAUGGCAAUAUGAGUCUGUCCCUCAGGUUCAGUUUGCCGCCACAAGCAUCGCAAGGCAGGUGACUGUGGCAGCGAUCGAUAAUAUUUCUCGUCUCCUAGAGGGACUUGCCAGGGACGGCACUGAUUCUAACGACGAACGGACGUAUUUGUCUUUGCUACUUGCUCUCUUCCAGAAAACAGACUCUACUCCCAUCAAAACAGAGAUUGGACGCACCGUGGCCUCCAUAUGCCGUACUUUGGUGCCAAAAUCUCGGGAAGGGGAUCCCACUGCUGCUGCCCUGCUGUCCAGAUUCUUUGACUUACAUGAGGACAUCGCGCUGCCGGUUGGGGCUAUGAUUGCCCAAUCACAAUGGCCCGUCGUCCGGAGUGAAGGCUGGUUUGCCAUGGCCCUUAUGGCGUCCACUAAAGCGGGCGCCAUGGCAGUUUCAAGAUCCCUGCAAAAGAUGCAAAUUCUUCCACUACUUGAGGAGACGUUGAGUGCAGAUACCUCCGAAUCUACGGAGGAGACCGAACAAAUGCAGGCAAAGAAAGAUCGUGACAAUAUUUCUGUCCUGGUGCAGGAGUUGUUGAAGAGCGAUCCCGACACGCUUGCCGAAACCGAUAAAUCUACCAUGCAGCAGUUGAUGCAUAGUCAUGUUUCAAGGCAUCUGCAAGACUCUAAGUCGACAUUGAACGGAGCAUUCCUCCAGCUGGCCGAGGAUGGAGAUGACGACAAUGGAAAGACUGGCGAGAUGCAGAUGCUGGAAGUCUCGCGCCAGGAGGUACGAAAGACCGUCGAUGACGAUGCGCGAGGCUUGAAGCGACUCUGGCAAUCGCUCUACGUCUUUACAUACUGUUACAUAUAUGACCCGAUUGCGACGGGCUUCCGCUUUGUCCAUCUGGUAAUAAUCUUCCUGCCUGUCAUUCUUACGGCUCCGACGAUAUGCUUUGGUAAGCAGUUGAAGGAUCGUGAGGGUAUACGCACGGGGACUCUAUGGUGGUAUAGGUUUCUGGUCCGAUCUAUGGAACGCGCAGGCCCAGCUUUUAUCAAGCUUGGACAAUGGGCGGCCUCACGUACAGACAUCUUCCCACCGGAACUUUGCGACAUCAUGUCAUCACUGCAUUCAAAUGCACCUGCACACUCCUUGCAUCAAACGAAGAGAACGAUAAGGAAGGCAUUCAAUUGGCUGCCAUUCGAAGACAUUUUCGAGGAAUUCCAAGAAGAACCAUUGGGCGUGGGCGCUAUCGCGCAGGUAUACAAGGCGAAGCUGAAGCCCAAUCUUGCGGGGACCGAUGACGACAUCGACCUUCAUCCACAUGGUCUACGAGACAAGGUCCGAAAGAACGUUGGAGCGUUAGUCAAAAGCUCUCCUCAACGCGUACCAUCGUCUUAUGUAGCUGUCAAGGUGCUUCAUCCGAGGGUAGAACGCGUGAUUCACAGAGAUCUGAAGAUCAUGUCGUUCUUCGCAUCCUUAAUUAAUGCCAUACCUACCAUGAAUUGGCUAUCUUUGCCGGAUGAAGUUCAUCAGUUUGGUGAAAUGAUGAAAUUACAAUUGGAUUUACGAAUUGAAGCCACGAACCUCGUCAUGUUCCGUGAGAAGUUCAGGUCACGCACUACAGCCUGGUUCCCAUAUCCGUAUCUGGACUACUCUACUCGCGAGGUGCUCGUGGAGGAGUUUGCACAGGGUAUUCCACUGUCGACCUUCCUCGAGGUAGGAGGAGGCGUCUAUCAGGAAGAGAUCGCGAACGAAGGCUUAGAUGCCUUCCUCCAUAUGCUGUUGAUCGACAACUUCGUCCAUGCGGAUCUGCACCCCGGGAAUAUCAUGGUUCGAUUCUACCGGCCAAGUGAAUUGGAUUUGUCACUAGGAAAUAAGUCUCGCGCAUCGGAGGCACCAUCUGCGGAAGAGGUUGAUGUUACAGAAUCUGUGCUUGCACGGUUGCGCCCACACAUCGAUAAUCGGCGCGACUGGGUGAAAGCGCUCGAUGAUCUGAACGCUGAGGGCUAUCGGCCCCAGCUCAUAUUCAUCGACACUGGACUAGUGACUCAACUAAACGACCUCAACCGGCGCAAUUUCAUUGACCUGUUUCGCGCCAUUGCCGAGUUCGAUGGGUAUCGAGCCGGUGAACUCAUGGUCGAACGAUGUCGUCAACCGGAUGCAGUGAUCGACCCAUAUUACUUCGCCCUGGGCAUGGAACAUCUGGUGCUAAAUAUCAAGUCUCGCACGUUUGCCCUCGGUAGCGUCAAAAUUGGAGAUGUACUGAGUGAUGUCCUAUCCAUGGUCCGUAAACAUCACGUUCGACUCGAGGGAGAUUUCGUCAACGUCGUUAUCUCGUGUCUUCUCCUUGAGGGCAUUGGACGUAAUCUAGAUCCCAAUCUCGAUCUUUUCAAGAGCUCCCUCCCCAUUCUACGAAAACUGGGAUCCAACACUACCGCUUUCAAAUCCGUCCGGUCCGGCGACAUGUCCAUGCUUCGCGUCUGGGUAGGGCUCGAGGCGCGCGGAUUGCUCCAAAGCAGCUUUGAAACCGUCGAGCAAUGUGUCAAAUACGAUCUCUUAUCGCCUAACAUAUGA